AUGGGGAGCCUGGGAAGGAGCCUUCUGGUGCUUUGUAUAGCCCUGGCCACUGCAACACUCUCUGCUCAGCAAAGGAGGGGAUUGAGUGACCAAGAAGCUUUAUCCCUGUUCCUGAGGGUCUAUAACAGAGACUCCAAAGAUAAUGCCAUCUUCAAGCUGCGUGAAUCCCGAUCUGUCCUUAGAGAGGGCAGGAGAUUGACCUUGAAUGCCAUCAUCCAGGAAACAAAUUGUCUUAAGUCAGAGAAUCAGAAUCCUGACCAGUGUGAAUUCAAAGAACGUGGGCUGGUGAGAGACUGCUCAGGAGAGAUGUCCCCUGCACGACUUCCCCGGCUGAUUGUAAUUGUUUGUGACUCUGUGCCCUCACAGGGGUCUGAAAACCAGGAUGCACUCCCGGCGGCAAAUCAUGGAAAACGAAAGAGGAGAAGUGAUGUAGAAAGCGAUAUGUCACCGGACACCCUUCCAGAAAAGCAUAGGAGGCGUCCUUUUAGACGUCCACCUGGGUUCUUUCCCAGGCCUGGACCUGGCCCCAUUUUCCCUGGCCCUCGGCCUAACCCCAAUUUCCCUGACCCCAACUUCCCUAACCCCAAUUUCCCCCGUCCCAAUUUCCCCCGUCCCAAUUUCCCCCGUCCCAAUUUACCUGACCCCAAUUUCCCCCGUCCCAAUUUACCUGACCCCAAUUUACCUGGUCCCAAUUUACCUGACCCUCAACCUGACCCCGAUUUCCCUUGACUGGAGCCUAACUCUGAAUUCCCCUGACCCCAGCCUGGCCCCAAUUUCCCUAGAUCCUAGCCCAGGCCUGAUUUCUCGGCUCUCAGCCUAGGCCCAUCUUUGGCUAAGCUCCCCAUUUAGAUUCCUGUCUCAUGCCCAGAAUGCCAUCUCUAGCUUAGGCCCAUUAAAUCUGCUUCUUCGAUGAGUUCCAAGAUUUGAACCCACAGAUCCAGUAGGACAAGCCACAAAAAAAAAAAAAAAACCAAAAAAAAAAAAAAGAAAAAAAAACAAGUAUUAAUAGGAAUCAAAUGCAGUAAAAGAAGUUCAAAAAUCAGAAAAAGAGACUAGAUUGUGAACCAUCAAAGGGCAGGGGCUUUUUUAGAAUUUUAUUGUAGUGCUCCAAGCAGAUAGCAACUGAAUAAAGGCUCUUUGAUACCAAUAA